GUGCCAGUCAACAGCAGACAUGCAGUUCAAGAACCUCAUCUUCGCAGCAGCCGCUGCUCUGGUAUCAGCACAGGAUGCAGCAGCGCCGCCCGCUCUCGCCGACGCUCUCAGCACCACAGAUGACCUGUCGUCGUUCAACACGGUUCUCCAGGGCUUUCCAGACCUGGUUGCAACCCUCGCUGGCGCCAGCAAUAUCACUAUCUUCGCACCUAGCAACUCAGCUCUCGAGGCUGCUGCUCAGGUCCUCGAGUCGCUACAGGGCACACCAGAUGUCAUUGCAGCUCUCCUCACCUACCACGUGGUGAACGCAUCGGUGCUCUCUGCCAACAUCUCCGAGACUCCAACCUUCGCUCCCACUCUUCUCACCAACGAGACCUACACCUCGCUCCCAGAAGGACAGGUCGUCGGUGUCCGCCGGGAGGGCGAGAAUGUCGUGGUCAUCUCCGGUGCUGGUGCACGCUCCAACGUGACCACUCCUGAUGUGCAGAUCGCCAACGGCAGCGUUGUCCACAUAAUCGACAGCGUGCUGACCCUGCCAAUCGACGUCUACCAAACUGCUGUUGCCGCCAACCUGACUGCUCUUGCUGGCGCUCUCAAUGCCACCAACUUGACUGAGCCACUUGCCGCGUCUGAGCAGAUCACUGUCUUUGCCCCAACCACCGAGGCCUUCGAUGACAUCUCAUCUGCCCUCGCCAACCUGAGCGUUGCCGAUGCCACUGCCAUCCUCGGAUACCACGUCAUCAACGGAACUGUUGCCUACUCCAGCAACCUCACCAACACCUCCGUCGAGACGACUGGUGGCUCCGUCAACAUCACCAUCAUCGAUGGCGCCGUGUUCGUCAACGCUGCACGCGUUAUUGCCGCCGAUGUCCUCAUCGCCAACGGUGUCGUCCACGUCAUCGACUCUGUCCUCAACCCCAACGGCACCGCGCAGCCAGACCCAGCCAGCGACGAUGCUGUUGUCCAGUUCGAAGGUGCCACCGAUGAGGGAGAUGUCCCAUACACAUCUGGUGUCCCAACCGCGACUGGAGCUCCACUUCCAACCAACGACGACGUCGCUGCAGGCUACACCCCUCCAGCUAGCGAGAAUGCAGUUUCCUCAUCCGAGGGUGCUGCUCCUCGCGCCACCGGUGCCGUCGCCGCCGCCGUUCUCUUCGGCGCUGCUGGCUUCGCUGCCAACAUGUAAAAAGCUUCUUCCUUGUUUACAUACCCAGCCGCUCGUUGAACAUUAUCGACGGAUCAACCAAGCAUGAUAGAUGGAAUGGCAGGUUUCGCUGCUAGCUAGCAAAAGGAUCAGGAAUCAGGAUCAGGAAUACUCUCUUCAACCGAGAUUUUCGGUUCGACAGAUACCAAAACAAUCUUGCGCAAUUGCAUGUUUAUGAGGAGG